AGCUCUAACGGCUCCCAGCUGAGGGAGCGAGAGAGAGAGAAGGGUAGAGAAGACAAGAUGGCGGACUGAGUGGGUUGCGCUUUGUACCGAAAGCUGCGACCCUGGAAGUGCAACAAAUUCGCCCCUAAAGGAUUGAAGACACCGAUAAGGAAACAGAACCGUUUAAAGUGUGACUGAAACGGCGGUUUCUGCCCCUCAGAGCCGAGGAGGAACGGACUUAUUUGUCGCCGCGGUCCUCGCGACAGCGUUAGCCCGAUGCUAACGUUAGUCUCUGUUAGCUUCACAAGCUGCUGCUGAAGGCCGCGAGCUCUCCGGGUUCAGUUCGGAUGUAAAUAUUUCGACACUGCGCAGGGCUUAUCGUAGCAGGGAGUCUAUGAAUAAGGACAUUAAUCCCGGCGGAUUUUACAUAUUAUUACUUCAAGUGUUCUGUUUUUUUUAUUGAUAACCGUUUUGGAAGAGCUGGGUCAUAAUUACCGACAUCAGCUGAUAAACAGGACUCUUUACCUGAAGAUCUCACCUGGUGGACAUCAUGGCGAGCAGCAGCGGCUCUAAAGCGGAGUUUAUAGUCGGUGGAAAGUACAAGUUGGUCAGAAAGAUCGGAUCUGGAUCAUUUGGUGAUAUUUACCUUGCCAUCAAUAUCACAAACGGAGAGGUACUGAGACGUUCACGGUCCUGAAACAGCCAUGUAUUUUACCCGAGAAACUCGGAAUGAUUAGUGUGUGUGUGUCUUUUAAUGAUCACACAGAGGUGUGCCAGGAACAGAGAUUUUAUUUAGCUUUGUCGAGUGUAUCAGGAUUAUCUAAAAUGUGUGAAACAUUCACCAUAAUGGAAUUAGUUCUAGAAAGUGUGAAUCCGCUGUGUCAGUGAAUGUGUGGGUAUCAGAUCGAUACAUUUAAUAUAGAUUAACAUGUCUGUGUGUGUGGUGUUUCCAGGAGGUAGCAGUAAAGUUGGAGUCACAGAAAGCCAGACACCCACAGCUGCUGUAUGAAAGCAAACUGUACAAAAUCCUGCAGGGAGGAGUCGGGAUCCCGCACAUCAGGUAAAAAGUGACCCAAACCUUUCAAAACAUCUAUAACAGUAGAUAAAUGUAAUUAAAUAUCGUGUUAUCUUGACAGAAAGUGCAGUGACACUGUGUAAACUAUCUGUAAAGUAAAGUUAGUUGGGUAGAAAAGCAGCAGCAGGCUGUACACGAGGCCUGUUAAUCUGCUGACUGUAUUAAUCGGCUCGGUGAUGGUGUGUUCUCGGCGUUCGGUGCCACAGCUCGUCGUGUUUCAACUCUUCGUAUAAAAGGCUGAGGUAUACAGAGGCCAGAUGUGUUUAGUUGACACGAGAAAGCAGCUGUUUGUGAAGAUGAACUGAGGCUGUCUCUGGAAAUGGCCGCUCCUCUUUGUUGUGUUAGCUCCAACAUGGCUGCUCUCUCAGAAAAUGGCGGCGGAGAAAACAACAAUCCCAACCCGAGGAGGAGGUUUCGCUCACGGCCUGUCUCCGCUCCACAGCCGCUCUGUUCGAUUCUGUAACUAUGAUGGUACAUGUAGAGACAGUUUAAUGUUGAAGGUGAGAGUUACGUGGCACGUAGAGGUGAGUGUUGUUUAAAGUUCCCAGAACAAUGCACGUUGAGAGUUAAACUGUUUCGUUGUUAGCGGUGAGCCAUAGCCAAUAUAAUGAGACAUGAAGAGAAGACACACUGAGCCCACUGUGUACUCAGAAAUAGUUGUACCUUCAUGUUUGCUACGUUUUGUUUGUUAGGCCAGAGCAGUUGCGGAUAUGCCAAUGGCUGUAGAGUUUUAUUAAUUUCAUUUAAUCAUGAAAAAAUGAGUGAAAUAAGUGUACCGUCACUGAGAGCCGGUGUUGUUUAUUAUCCUUUAGACACUGUUAACUUAAUAAUUUGGUUUACUUCGACAAGGAAGUAGUUUAGAUUAAAGGUGGAGUAAGUUAUUAAAAGAAGUGUCAUUCACUUUUAUACAAUAUUCAGUUGUGAGAAAUGUCAGGGCCGGCAAGGAGGGGUAGUGCACACAAUAGAAAUCAUUUAUUUCUUGUAAAAUGUAACUACUUAAACUACAACUGAUCAUAGAUCAUGUGUUUUAUGCAAACCUAAUGCAGUACAGUGUGGGUAUUAACCUGCAAUAAGUGCAACAAAUAUGCAUAAAAGGCAUUAAAAUUGAAAUGACCAGGUUGUUUGUAGUUCAAAGGGUUAUAUAGCAAAUCCAUGAUGUUGUCUUCUGUCCUAGACCAAAACUUUUCUUAGUCUUAUGCUGUUUACUGUCUUUUCAUAUUGUCCACCGGUCCAACAGUAAGAAAGUCAAUUUCAGACAUGUACAAAGUUCCUGAAAACUUCCUUAAAAUUACCUAGGUGAGCUGUGUGCGUGAAAACCAAAAGGGGCGAGUUUUACACCCCACUCCACUUUAGAUAUUUCCUGUAGGGUCUUUGUGAACUGACAUAAAAACGCAACAAUAAAUCUUUAAGAUCAGACAAAUUAUUGCAAGUGGGCGGAGGUGUUGUCAUUUAUAUCUGUUGACCUAUAUUCUGUCUGACGUUGUUGCUACUUCAACAUGAUUCGAUGACAAAGGCUGUUAGUUUGUGCUAUUUAUCAGUGUCAUUUGGUUACAGAUGGGGUCAUGGGCUGUAAGGAUGACAUGAACAUGGUUUGAUUCUUGAAUAUGAAUUACUUAUGACAGAUUUUAGGGAAAGUGUAUCUCAGUACAGAAUUGUUCAUUAUUGAAGCGUGCUCCCAGUAAAGAAUCACAUUAAACCGCACAACUGCAACGGCAUUUGAAAUACCACAAUAAGAGUGUGUUAUUAUGAUAUAAUUCUACUAUAAAAUCCUUGAUUGAGAUCUCAGAGAAAGCAUGUCUUUUUUUAAAACAUGCUCUCAGCAGUGACAGGCAUCAUUGCUUGGAUAGCUAGUUAUCAUCAACACAGGCGUGAAAAGGGCGACACAACGGGGCAAAAACAUUACAAGAAACUUUGGGAAGUGGCCUUACACUCUUUUUCAUCCAGUUGGUGUCUUGUCAGUCAUUUGUUGAUACCUGUCAUUAGUUGAUAGCACUGAUAUGAAGGUAAAAACUGAUGUUGUAUCCUGUUUCGUUGCCUUCAGACUUUAAAAAAAACAAGAAACAUAGUCAUAAUCACUGACAAUGACACAGCUGUGAACCUGCAUAAUGAGACAUGCCAGUUAUUUACAGGAAAUCAAGCUUUAAAAGGACAGGAUUCAGGAUGAAUUAAAAACAAACAAACAAACAAUAAAAACAAAGGUUUGGAAACAACCAUACAGUCCCACAUCUGACUGUGAAGGCUUCAUGCAUAUGCAUAUAUGUUGACACUCAGGUCAUUUACAUCUCUGGAGGCAGAACUCAUGAGAUUUUCUAGAUUUUUUCUGGAGUGCAUGUUGAAAACAGCUUGUGCAUUCAUCCAGGAGAUGAAAUGAGCAGUGUGGAAAUACAGAUUGGAUGUUAGCUGUUAUGUAAAAAAAACAGGUCACCUGCUAUCACAACUGACUAGACUGUCACAGCAGAGAGUUAUUUUUAUGCCAGUGAGUAGUUUCAAAAGCUGCUCUGAAGUCAAAUAGUGGAAGAGACUGAUGUGGUUUUUUUGUUUGUCUGUUUUUUUAUUGGAUAAACUCCUAUUUUAUUCAGGGCAGCUGAGUAAAGAUUUCAUCUGCUAAAGACGGGAACCUACACGUGUCUGUGGAGGGACCUGUAACAGGUCAAACAAACGAAACAACACUCAGACUAGCUGUAGGGGAUGUACUACUAUAAAUACUGUCACUGGUGUCACAUCUUGCCAAAACAUGUAUCAUGUAAUGUCAUCACCACUGGCUCAGACAUAAGUUUAUUUUUUUUAUGCUAUUUGGUUCUUCUAAUAUUGAUGCAGCCAUGUAGUCAGAUAAAAAAAGUGCAGUGUAUUGAAGAGGUUAGUGUCAGUAUUUAGAACAAAAGUAAAUUGUGGCAGACCAGUGAACAAAGGUUAAACCCUCAUUUCAUCAAACAAACAUUUUGUUUCAGACACAUUGUUGUCAAAAGUCCUUCUUGUUUUAUCUCUGGAAUCCUUUUAUUUGGAAAUAGUCAUAGUAAGAAAUGGCACGCUUUAGUGGUAGUGACUGAACACAGCUAAAACAGUCAAAUAUAGUAGUUGUCUAAAAAACAAACAGAAAUAGGAGAGGAACAAGAACUCUGAUAACAGAGAUUCAGUUUGAAGUUUCACUUAAAGCCGCGCACAGUGACUCAUAUAAUCUUUUGUAUCUGUUUACAUGCACAGACAUGAGUCCAGAAUUGCAUUGCAGUCUUACUGUGGGGCAGGUCAUAGUGAGUGGUAUGACCAUUACUGCAAAAAUAUCCAAAGUUUCUUUGUUUUCAAUCAUAUACUUUCCUCCAUGAUUAAGGAAGUCCAAAUGAGGUUUAUUUUAGUCUAGUACUUUAUCUAAGGCUAAUUAAUCCCUGGACAGACUGACUUAUAGAUGGCUUCAAUCUGUAUUGUCUAUAGCUGUAUAUUAAAAUCUGGUGCAGGGGUACCUACUGAACUCCUCCUUCAUCUAUUUGAGCCAUUGUUGUGAGAUUCAGGAUCUGCUGUGAUAUUUGUGUUGACUGUCACAGGCUGAUAUGUUUCACUCUGCCUCUGUCUGAGCUGAUAGAGGAAGUUCAGCAGAGAGGACAUGCUGUGUUUGAAUGAAGAAAUGAUGUAGUCAAAUGUCCUGACCUGCUGCUGAGUCUUUGUGAAGGAUUCUGGGAAACAUUGUAGUCUUGUAAAUUUGUUAGUAGAGAGUGUGCUUGGUUUAUUUUCUGCUCCUUCAGCUGAUCUAAAAGCUGCUUUUGUUUUUGUCUCUGAUCCUUUGUGUGCAGGCUGUGAGCUGUUGUUCAUGUGAGCUUUUGCGGGCUGCUGCAUGAAUCUCUGUCGGUGAUUGACUGUUUACUCAUACCAUAUAUAAUAUACAGCUCUUAUACAGCACAUGGCAUUUGACUGCUACAAAGAGCUCACUGUUAGCACUGAGUCGGAGCAUCAUACCACUCUGGAUCAGUAAAAGUAAGAGUUAUUACACCAAGUAAACUUUGAAGUAACCAAUGCAGAGGAGAAGUUUGGUGUCAUGAUCAUUUGAUCAUGAGUAUGUUCACACUAAAACGCAAACCAAUAAAUACGGGCACUCACACUUUUUGUUCCUGAAUCAAUACAAUCUGCAAGAGUGACUCAUGAUGAGCAUGUGAGCAUGCUGAGGGUGUGACUGUAGAGGGUCAAUAUUAGUGUUCAGACCUGUUCUUAUAGACGCACAUACACAGCAGUGUAUGUGUGUGUCUGUGUGUGAGUGUAGUGUAGAUUUCACUCCUGUUCUAUAUCUGGCUAACUGCACAUGCUAACACAGCACCAUAUACAGCCUGCAGUACAGCUGACAGAGCCACACAAUGACUGAGGAGACACUAAUGAUCUGUGUAACCUGAACUCCACACACACCCUUAUUUUAAAGAAACACCUGUGCUGUAUAGUAACCCUGUCAUGGGGAGAGUCAGUGGUUGUGUCCAUGGUGAUCAGUGUGUCAGCUAGUUCUUAUGCUGAGACAUGCGUUUGCACCAGAAGUAGAGAGUAGAGACCAUACUUGGAUGGAAAGAUUGAAAGUUGUCCAUAUUUUUACUCUUCAAUGCAAAACCAGUAGGCCAUAUUCUCAUUUGUUUGUCUACUUGCAGGCUAGGGCUGGGCGAUAAACCGAAAAUUUACUGAUGCUGAAAUUUAUGACAAGAACCCACAUCAUUUUGUCCAUAUUGGUAUUUUCGGUGUCAAAAAAAAAAUAUUAAAAGUUGGUUUUAGAUGUGUGUAGGUAGGCUAUGGUCUCGUGUCCCUUUUGAGACUCAGUCCUAGAGACACGACUCCACCCCAUCCAGUCUGUAACAAAGAGGGAAAGACAGGAAGACGGUUCAAAAGUUGUAGCGGCUGGAGCGGUGGCUGAAGUAGAUGAAGUUAAUGUGGGAGGGAGUGAGCAGCUUGUGUAAUACUUUUGGAUGGAAAUUGAUAAGAUUUUAUCAAUAUCAAUUUGCUUAUCAAUUCCUAUGUGGAAAAAAGUAGGCCUCUACUGGUUUUCUGCGUUAACAAGUCUGCAUGGACUGAAGUAAACAAAAAUCUGCUCUGAGGAUUAACAUGAAAUCUUUCUUUUGUAUGGCAUUUGCAAUUCUUGUUCACCGCUAUUACAUAAAUACACCAAAUAAGAGAAUUUUUGGACAGUUUUUUUUUUAAAUUUAGGUCUUAAGUCAAAUAAAUAAUCAGUUGUUAAGCUAGGCCCUCAUGCUUUGUGCGAAUGUUAACAUAAGACAAACAUAGCAUUCUUCACUGCUCUGCUGAAGAGCGCUCUGUUGGCAUCGAGCUUCAAAACACAAGGCACUCCUGAUAUUUAAUGUGCUGCAUUAGCAAAUGUUUAAGCAAUAUUUAAACCUUCACUUGAAUUCAGUUUCACAGCCGCAGACCGCUUCUCUCUAUCCUGUUCUGCCCAAACUACCUCCUCGACUUUUAUAUUUCUGUGCUGAAAGCUUCUUGCGAGGCUUGAUGUAAUUGUUUUGUAAGGCACGCGGCACUAAGGCAUUGAUAAAGGAAUCAUUAAGCAGAAAGGCUAAUAAUGUUGAUGGAUCAGGACAGUAGGAACUGGUUCUCAUCAGGAACCGGUUUUCACUACCCAGCCCCAGUGAAUCGUCAGCAGAAAGAUGGUCAGUAGUAACAAACCAGAACAGCCACACCUACUGUAGUGGGGGUGGACGUAUGUGGACAUUCAGUGAAUUGGCUCUGGCCAGGUGCUCAUUUUUUGAGACAAGGACAGUAGUCCGGUUAAAUAAUUUAAUUGAGCUAUAGCUGUCGCUCAACUAAACUGUGCAGGUUUGUGCGUUCAGUGAUAGCAGCUCUGUUUUGUACAGUGCUGUGCUCUGUCUUCUGGUUGUACUGGCUUCUUGCUUGAGCCAGUCUAACCUGCUGGUCCUGCUGCCCCUCCCCUUCUCUUGACUACUUAACUGACUUUCACUUGCACAGUGUGCUCUCUCACAGGUGAACCGUGCUCAGAGUUAAAACAUCAUCUUUUUAAGUAAAUACAGUGUGAGGGACUGAGCUUGACCCCCCCCCCCCCCCCCCCAAAGAUCUUGUGAUGUAAAUAUUUACCAUUAUAUCAAAGUGAACCAUGUGUUAAAAUAAAAAGGGUUCAUAAACAGCCGCCGUCAGCUGGUUAAAUCAGAGCACAGGAUUAUUGGAGCUCAGUUUAAUCUGCCAGGUUAUAACACCUUUACUAAUCUGACAGACUGAACUCUUUGUUGUUUUAAAAUCUCUUUUUAAUUGGAAUUCUGCAACUAAAGUAAUAUCACACUGAGCUGACCCAGUAAAGCACACAUCCAUGUGAUUGUUAAUAACUCACAGUCACUUUAAAGAUUUAAGAAGUCAAACACUCAACGAAAACGUCCUCCCGUUAUUAAGACAGCAACAAACUAAAUUGCCAUGGCUAAUGCCUGUAAGGACCAACAACAGUACACUGAAGUUCAAGAAUGAGGGUAACGGGUUUAGACCUGCUGCUAACAGCUCCUAGCUAUUAGAGACAGGAGAGUUUUGUAAUGAUCUGUUAUGUAACACACGCACUGCUGCACACAAAGACACUUAACACGUCCACAUGUGUUGUUAUUUUACAAAGUUUAACUCUGCUGUAGCCUGUCGUGUUAGCGUGUGAUAUUAAGCUCUGUUUGAGUUUGAAGAGUUUCCACCCUGAGCUGAAGCGCUGCAGCAGCCAAUUGUGUGUGUGAGGGUGUGUCAGCCUGUGUGUACAAAGCUCAUUGUCUAAGGUCAAAGUAUGGGAGCGUAUCCGGUAAGGAUCAAAUGGGAAUUACUCUUGGUGUCAUGUUUCAUAUCAGAGUAUUAAACUGAGUUGAUAAAGAUCUUUUCAGAACUAAACAGUCUACCUAGUAUCUCAGUAACUUAACUUCCCAACAUUCUCUAUUCAUGCUUUUAGUUGGUGAAGUUAAAUGUGGUUUACAGCUUUAAAAGCACGAGCCAAGAAUGUCCUCCCUAUUCCAAACCUGUUUCUGCAGCCUGCCAGUCUGUCCUCAGGGCACACUGUGAUACCUUUAGAGUCUCAAUGGAAACUCACUUUAUAUCACUCAAGGAAAUGACUCAUCUUGAGUUUACUCAUCACUAAUACUGUACAGACUGCUAAUACAGGGUUUGAGUAGUGCUCUGAUCGACACUGUAGUUCUCUCUACACAGAAGUAUGAGAUUUACAUAGACAGACUGAAGUGUUUGGUUGGACCAGGUGAUGCAGUGGAGAAGCAAAGUGGUGCAUCAAGUUUAGGUUAAAGAGGCAGGGCUCGACAGUGCGACUGUAAAAUGUAUUUAGGGGCACAUGUGCGCAUAAAUAAAAUCAGCCGAGGCAACAAAUGUUUUUUUCAUGUAAAUACCGCGGCGAAGUUAGUUUUAGAUUGAAUAUUCGACGGACAUGCACCGCUGAUCUACCAGUGUCUUCUCACGCUCCAUAACCAGGAAUUGAAACAGCCGCGCGGUUAAAUCUUCUCGGCAUCCUCGCUGUCAACCUCAGGUGUUGAAUAAGGAACCAUCAAUAAAUUACCGGUUGAUGUUCUCAAAAAAGGCUGUUUUCCUUCAAUAGCUUCCAUGUCAUGUGACCAAUAGACCUAAAAUUGAUUUCAAAUUGAUUUCAAAUAGUAAUAUUAAGGUCGAACAAUAAGACACAUCUCUUUAUUUCCCCAAUUUGUCCUCUAAAAAAUUUUGUGUUAAAUUUAAAGGCAAAUUUUGAACAUUUUCUUCAAUAGCUUCCAUGUCACGUGACCAAAAGACCUAAAAUUGAUUUCAAAUAAUAGUACUUAUGUUGACCAACAAAACACACAUUAUUUGAUAAACUUUCAUUGUGCCCCUAAAGUUCUUUGUGUGCUCCUUACUUUUUCAAUUUAGGAGCACAUGUGCUCCUUCUGAAAAAAAGUAAGUCUCAAGCCCUGAGAGGAGCAGAGUGAGGAUAAACUGUUGAGGUCAAAGGUGACACGGGUGUUCGCAAUAAUUCUUGAAACGGCUGACUGUACGCACAGACAGACUUAAUGUUGUCUGUAGUAAAAGAUCAGAGAGGAGAUUCCCCUAGAUUUAUGCAAAUGUUGGUGAUAUCACUGACAUAAGCACUGAUUUGAAAUUACCAGCUGUAAGCCAUAAUAGAUGUUUUUGUGCACAUGUUAGCACUUUGAUGCAUCUUCUUUAGAGAAGGAUACAGUAAAUAAGGCUGUGCUAAUAAAGAAUGAUCCCAUUUUGAUUAGCUCUUUGUUUCCAUGGUUUUUUUUGUCAAAAGUUUGAACCUGCUUGAUGUCACUGGGAACCAAAUGUGUAAAAAUGUGGUGGCACUUAAAACACAAAUCUAGUGACUCUUAUGCAUGCGUGCUGCUCGGAGUAAUCAGCUGUAUUACAGUCUUUCUUUCUAGCUUGUCUAUUCAGAAUCUAGGUUGUGUUAAAACAAGUAAAGGUCAUUUCUUUAUUGAAAGGGCUGAGCUGUAUAGCAUUAUAGAAUAAAGAAAUAAAUUGUACCAUCCAAUUUUCAUCAAUCAAGUAGAAAUUCAGUAGUGAUAAAAUAGUAGUGAACAGAAAAAAGCAAACAUUGUGAAAUUCUAUAGGUUCCAUAUGCACCUUUUUUUUAAAUGAGCUGAGGAAGGUAUUUCAAAUGGCCACAAUUUGUUGGAUGUAAAUGAUCAAAAAGGACGUUUGAAAAUGUGAAAUUAUAACGUACAGUAUGUUUGUAUUCAUGCAGGUGGUAUGGACAGGAGAAGGACUACAAUGUCCUAGUGAUGGACCUGCUGGGACCUAGUCUGGAAGACCUGUUCAACUUCUGCUCCCGUCGCUUCACCAUGAAGACAGUCCUUAUGCUGGCAGACCAGGUAACGCAUGCACACACAGAGAAACACAGCUAUAUGUGUAUAAGAAGAACAUGUUAAAACACAUGCUCUCUAUCAGCUUCAUCGAUAUCCUUUUAACUUAGUGUUGUUCUGGAAUAACACCUGAGCCUCUGGGACCUCAGUGAUGACUCUGGUCAGGAUCAGCUGUCUGCUGAUCACAGGGAUCAUGUAUUAUUUAUGUACAAUGUCAGGACAUGAUAAUCAUUACUGAGGAUGAUCUGAUGACGUCUCCUCCAUCUCUUCCUCAGAUGAUCAGCAGAAUUGAAUAUGUACACACAAAGAACUUCAUCCACAGAGACAUCAAACCAGACAACUUCCUCAUGGGCAUCGGCCGUCACUGUAACAAGGUAAGGCUGUACACCUGCCCCCCCUGGGAGUCACCACACCAACUGCAUGGUUACCACAGGAACAUCACAGUCCUUAACCACACAUUUAGACAGACAUUGUGAUCUUGAGUUGUGAUUUUGCACCUGUUCUUACUUUACCAUCAACCAUGACAGAAAAAAUAUGCCUUUGACACUUCAUUUUUUGUAAUAUGUUUUGUCUGCAAUGCAGAAAGAAGGCAGUGUGGAGGCACCUGAUUGGUCCUCCUCCAACAUGUAUUGCUGGUAGGCAACUUUUUAAGAACCUUGUCAGAAAAUCCAGCUUCAUAAAGAAAAACUCAAUUUAAGAUAAAUGACAAUGCUUAAAGGAGAGCUUCAUAUAAGUAAGAUUAUAUUUACUAAUAUUUGACAAAAUGCUGGAAUAGGUUUAAAACUCAAAAUGACUGUCUGUUUAUACAGGCCUCUGAAUUAACUUGAGAGAAAAUGUACACAUAAGUAAAGUAAAACAACAUGGAGCAGGUUAGAUCAUUAGGUUUUCAGUUAAUAACAUACAUACAAUGUUUUGGUAUCCAGUUUAAUGUACACUGUCAUUAUCUUGACUAUUUCCUGUCAGUGUCUAUCAUGUGUUUUGAUCUCUCAAACAUAAACUUUAUAAAUGUAAAAGUAUGGUUGCAUAUUACAGAUUAGUACUGACAUCAGCUGUCACCAUAACAUUUUCAACAUAACAUUGAUGAACAGCUGCUAUAGGAAAGCUGUUUGCUACAAGACACUCAACACAUGUUGACUGUGUAAGCUGUACACCUGAGUUAUAACUUGAUAAUCAGACCUAUAGCUGGAAUACAGGCGCUCUUUGUUACCGACAGUUUUUUUUUCUGUCUUUGCGUGUCCUUUUUUCUGUUUAUGCGAAAUAUUUCAGAAGGGGUUGCCUUAGAUCUUCAGACCAUUUUAGCCAAGCUUAUCCAGUUAAUCACAUUCAGGUGUUUCAGUAGCUUUUCUUUUCAGAUAUAUCUUCAGAGUGUUCUGGGUUGCAGCUAAAUUAUUUGUUGGAAAAUUGAAAAACAGGUUCUACACGAGUCCCUGGCAGACCCUUACCCAGAGAAAAGUGGCCAUUAUUACACUGGAGACACAAUUCAGUAAUAAUUAGACAGAAGUUUGAGACGAACUGCAAUUUUAAAUAUAUACGUAAAUGUCCAGAAUUCACUGAUGGACCAGAAUUGGAAUAAAAUCUGUGUAUUUCAGCUGAGAUACAUAAACUCAUAUCAUAAUUAAACUCACAAGUUCAUGCAGAGCAGGCGUAGACUGAGAUUUUACUAUGGGAUGUUUAUUUCUGCGUCACAAAACACAAACACACACACUGUCAUUGUGUGUGUGUUUGUGAUAAGAGGAUGCCCAAGCUGUGCUGUGCACCUGCUCAGCCUCUGGUGAAUCAGACUGACAGACAGACUGCUGUACUCGUCUUUGAAGUCAGACAGUCCUCUGUACCUACCUAUCCCUCUGGACAGUCUGCUGUAGCUGUCCCUGCAGACAUCCUCCAGCACCUGUCCCCUCAGACAGUCUCCUGUACCUGUCUAUUUGAACAGGCAGGGUAACCUUUGACGUCUUCCACAUUGCACUGAGACACUGAGCACCUUUCUGAGAGCUGUGGUCAGACUGAAGUCAGGAUUUAGCCUGGUUGUUUAGUUUUAUGGCUGUUUUCAUGGUUUUCACUGGCUGUAGUAGGCUUUUAUCACACUUUAGUCAGACUGUGCACAGAAAACAGUUUUUGUAAGGGGUGAGUAGAAACUGUGAAGAGAAGCUGGGUUAAAGUUUGAUAGUAUCUUGAUAGUAUUCAGAGAGGCUCUCAGUCAUACCAUGUUUUGCUGUGCUUCAUAUGACAGUAAGUAGUUGGUGUGUUGAGACCAGGCGUGUACUGACAAUCUUGGCUUUUCUACAGGCUGGUUUGUGACAAAGCAGCGGGGGUUAGGGAAGAGAAGGUUAUUAGGGUCUCUCAAAUGUUGUGAAAAUAAAAGUUACAGAUUUUAGCACGAAGAGUCUGUCAAACACUCUGAAACUCGUUAUGUGGAAUGACUCGGGCCACACCUUGCUUUCGAACAAACGAGUCUGAACGUAGCAUGCUGAGUCUGAACAGGUCUGACUGCUCAAACUCAACGUGACAGUGUGUGUCUGUAUGUGUCAGAAUGGGAAACAGAUUACUGUGUAAGGAGGUGUGACUGGUGACUGUGUGUCUGCAUACUGUAUGCCGACAUCCUCAAUUAAUUAAGCAUUUUAAGACAGGGCCGCGUGAUACACCUAAAGCUGUGUGUGUGUGUGUGUGUGUGUGUGUGUGUGUGUGUGUGUGUGUGUGUGUGUGUGUGUGUGUGUGUGUGUGUGUGUGUGUGUGUGUGUGUGUUAGCAGUGUAUGAUGCAGAGACAAAGUGUGAAUCUGUGUUUUAUGUUCAGAUGAAUAUUUGAAACAGUGAUCUCAAUUUGUUCACAGAACAACAAACACUUAAAGACCCGCGGUUCAGACCUAGCUGACAGACAUCAAACAACACUGACACCAUUUUGAUGUUUUAUGGUUAAAUGUCUUAGUACGCACAAUGUAGUAAUCUUGACUGCUCCAUAUAUCAUGCAGAUCUGAUAAAGAUAUCUAGUUAGGUGUAAUUAAAGGACUUCCUACCUAGUGUUUCAUAAUGAUUAAAAAGUUUUCAGAUUGAUGCUUGACAGACCAUCAUCAUCAGAUCCAAUUUCAUUUUCAAUCAUCAGUGAAAGAGUGUGUGUGUGUGUGUUUGUGUGUCAGAGUUGAAAAUAAGUCACCCACCAAAUGCAGACUUCAAUAAAAUUGCUCAACAUCCCAUUUCAAACUCAACUUCAAAUACUGAGACACUUCCCAACCAGGUUAGAAAGCAAUGUUGCCUCCUUUUGUAUCCAUUAGUACUGUUAGCAUACUGUCUCCAUGCUGUGCUUCAUGUUGGCCUCAGGCUCAGCUCAGUGCUUAGCCGCUAUCAUGGGCUUGAAAACACCACACAGCCCCUGUGUCAGGUUUACUCCUUUCAGUGAAGUUAAAAACUGAACAUGUUUGUUUACACUCAAUAGGUACAUUAACAUCAUACAUUUUGGAUCCUGCAUAAAGCCAAAGAGCUGUGAAAGGAGUUCCUCCAUGAAGAGCAUGUGUUGGAUCCUCUCUGCUGCUGCCUGUUGGCUCUGACACAUUGACAGCUGUCACUCCUUGUCUGUAAUGUGUAACACACAGAGGCAUAAUGGUGGGGUGAAGUUGUCUCACCUCUGAUCUGCCAAGGAGAGGUGGUAGCAGAGGUGUAAUGGGUGAAAAGAAGUGAAUGUGUGUCUUAGCCAGUACGGCUGUGUGCAUGUCUGAGUGUGUGUUGGAAGUGGAGCUCCCACAGUGUGAUCAAUAUGUUCUGCCUAAUGCACUUCCAAAUGCAGUUACACUUGUAAAAUCAGGCUGUGAGACAGAAACUGUACUGUUGAAAAGUUCAUUUUGUAAGCACUGAAAUGUAGAACUUAGUUUAGAACUUACUCAGCUUCAGAUACACAUUUGAAAGUACUAAAGUAUGAGGGCCACCUGUGCCCUCAUCUUUGGACAGAUUAUAUUUGGACGCUGUCUUGUAUACUCUCAGAUGAUAAAUGUUUGUAUUUAUUUGGUAAGUUUAUUUCAAGACAGUACUGAAUAAAUUCACACAAACUCCUCUGUUAGCUGACAUACUCACCUGCGUCACAGUAGAUGUUGAAACAUGUCCAGAACUUUGAUGCUUGAAAAAUAAAAGUAUAGAGAUUCAGAAUCCAGCACACCAGACUGAUGUUAAUGCGAGAUCCCUGCACAUUUCUUCCUGUACUUACUCGACUGUAGUUAUAAUACCUGUGGUAAAUCUCUGUUUACCUGUGUGUGAGUGUAAGCCAUGAUAAACCACAGACAGUAGCUCUCUCUCUGAACAUGGGGCCUAACUUUAUAUACAAUUUAUAUUUAUAAUUUAUCCACACACCUGAACUCAGGUGUGCAUUGAGUUGGCAAAAAGAUGAAUGUCUGCCUGACACAGUGCAUUAUUUCAAGUUUUCAUGUUCUAGAGCUUUAUCUGUAGAAAAUUUGAUAACAUUUGUAUAUUUGUAUUUCUGCUGGUGGAUAAAGGACGACCACGCCCCCUCCUCCUUUCUCCAGGUGUUUCAUGGGCCGUGUGUUACCUGACUGCUCUGGCUCUCUGUCACAGUCAGACUAGGAGGUUCAUGUGUUGUCCUGACAGGAGGUGACCACAGCCUGUGGUCUCUUCUGUUCUGGAUGGCCACAUGACCUUCUCAGGUGCAUGUGCAGGUGAGGGGCUCUGUUAGCUGUGUGACAGAGAGCAGACUGAUGCUAAUGUGACUGACAGACCCCUCCCCUUUACUGUGUGCCCCCCCCAGUGUUUAGACUCGUCAGUGGGGAAGAGGAAAAGAAGCUUGGCUGUUAGCUCUUCUCAGGACCCAUCUUUCUCAGGAUUAAACCAGGUGUGACUUUACCUCAACACCAGCUGUCCACAUCAGCAGCUGCCGCUUUGCUGUCAUAUUAACCACACUGGUUCCCAGUCAGACCAGCAGCAUCCUGCCUGCACCCAUCAAAACCCAAAGAGAGGAUAUAUACAGUGGUAGAGAAACAGAGCAGACAGACAGUGCAGACAUCCAUCAGACUCAGAGAGCAGAGUUUAUAUCAGAGAGCCUGUGUGUAUGUGUGUGUAUGUGUUUUAGCCAGAGCUCCCAGUCACUGUAAUGGUUCAUCACCUUCCUAUUCAAGUCAGUCUGUCUGCUUGAGGCGCUGUUUAGACCUAGAAUAAUAAAUAUAACUGAGAUCAAACAGAAUACACAUCAGCUCCAACAGUAUCGAACUGUAUCCUGCAGACUGAAACUCAGGUUAGCUGUUACUAUAAAUCAAAUGUAUUGAUAUGUUGAGGAAUGAAGGUCAGAACAGAUCUGUGAGGAGACAAUAAAUUUAAACCAAUACUUCAACAACACAUGUCUGUACGUUCUGUUUCUAUGUCAGGGAGGAAGAGUUAGCUCUUUACUGUAAAACUGACAGGAAAAUGACUUUGUUCUGCCAGGUGCGUUUGAGACAGAUGUGCAGGAGCAGAGUGGAUCACAGUGCAGAGAGAGAAAAAUAAAGAGGAGAAGAGACAGGAAGAAAACGAGAAAGGAAAGGAGACAUGGAAGAGCGGAGGUUGGGAGAGAGGGAGCAUUUAAACUUAACGUACUGUGAGAGAUAUGCUAUUCAAAGAAGUUGAUUGUUGUAGUUUAAGGAAUAGUUAAAAGUAUGAACCACAGGACAUACACACGCACACACUCUCUCUCUCUCUCUCUGACACACACACACUCAGACAUAGAUAACAGCAGCUACAUUCACUGUGUGAUCCACUGCCUGCCCCCAUAUCACCUGCUCACCUGCUUAAUGUGAAAUACACACACACACACACACACACACACACAGAACUGAUGAUAGGGCAUUUACUGAUCUCCUAUCAAUUUUAAUGGGUUAUACCUAUUAGUGAUGCAAAUUCAACGUAUGCCUUUGAGCUGAUUUUUUGAAAUGUUAACUAUAAUCAAAACUCUUUCUGGUCCCAAAAAUGAUACCAAUGUGUUUUUCUCCUUAAAUCAUAUAUUUUCCACUGCAACAUGAUUGAUAUAAAUGACAAUAAUCCCUAGAAAGCAGAACACAGAGAUGGAUAUAGUUUAUUGCACUGGACACCAGCAUGCAUGCAGGGCAGGCGUAUAGUAAUCUCCCUGGCCGUGUAGUCAUGUAAGGCCAAAAGUGCUUUAUAUAAACAGCUGAGGGCCAGUUUUGCACAUAAUCAGUUCAUAGCCAGUCCAAUCAGAAAAUACACAAUCAGAAGGCUCUUAUGUUAUUUGUAUGUCAGCUUUGCCAGUCUGGAAAGUCUCUCUGGAUUUACUUCAUAGCACUCUGUAAGCCAUGUAUCCAGGUUCAAAUAGCAGGUGAAAUGUGCCGUAAACUCAACUCUUCCCUGAAAGCUGACUCCAGUAUUAGACCACAUCCGGUUUAUCUCUCCCUAACAGUGAAAUAUUGUAUUCAAGUAUGUUCUUAACUGUCAGAUACUCACUGUUUAAUUGUGGAGAUCCCUGGCCCAGCAGUAUAACGACACAUUCUUCAACUCCUCUGUGUUCAGUUUAAUGUUUACAGCUUUAACAUGCUUCACAUUUUCAUCUACCAUUAGCAUCAUUAGCAUAAGCCUCACAUGCUUCAUCAUGCAGCUGGUUAGCAGUGAGAAUCACAAAACCCCGCCUCUGCUUUUUAAUACCUGACUUAGCUUAGAGACAAAACUAACACACUGCUCAGGCCCAAGUAAACAUCACACAAACCUCCAGGAAUUAGCCUUCCCCGCUGACUGCUGCUGCUUGUGCUGCACAGACAUCAGAUGUGAUAUUGAUGUGCUCUGUUUGUUUGACCCUGUGAAACUGAAACUAGAUGUGUGUUUGGUUUAAAAUGUGAUGCUAUGCUGCAUGAUGUCUUAAACGGUCAGCCAUUAAUUCACACUGACUGCAGGUGAAUAAUUACCUUAGGCAGUGAUGAGGGAUGUCCAGGUUUAUUGAGAGCAGGAGCAUCUUGUCCCUCCUGGUGUCUCUGAAUGAAGCACAUCACAAGGCAGGUAAAUGAUUUCAGUAAGAGGAAGUGAUGAGAUUCCUGCAGCUCACAAAGUAGCCUCUAGGUGGUGCAAUAGUUGGCCUUUUUAGUUAUACUAAGUAAGCCACGGUGACAGUGUGCAGUGACGUGGUGCCGGUUGUUAAAGGGGAUCAGUCAGAGUUGUGUGUGUGUGUGUGUGUGUGUGUGAGAGAGCAUAUGUUUAGACAGUUGUGUGGUACCUGGUGUCUCCUUGUCUCAGUGAGUGUGAACACUCAGCUUUUGUAACACUAUGAUCGUUGGAUGUCAAGAACUUGUAUCUGUGGACACUUGCUUAGGUUCUAGAUCACUAUUAGUGUUGCUGAACUUUGACAGGUUACAACGUCUCCAGUGCAGAAUGACCAUAUUUAUUUGUUGUCAUGGAAACAAGAUCUGUACCGUGAAAUUUGAAAAGACCUUUUAGAGAACAUGUUGUUGCAGUUCAGUGAUCACAUGACACACACUUUACCAUGAGAACACCUGUAUAACACAUUUUUCAUGAGGACACCUGAAUGACAGAUUUAUAAGGAUGCUGCAGUUAUCAUCUCUAACAUCUCUUUUAUAUGAGAUCAAACUUCACUCUGUGUAACAUCAGUCAAUGAUCACAGUAGCUGUCUGUGUGAUUUUCUGUGGGAGCGUGUAGCCGGGCUGAAAAUGAACCUUUUUUUUGUUCUACUGCCAGCAUGGAUUCCAGAAUCUACCACUGCCCCGUAUCUUAACCAACAGCAUUGUGUAAUGGUGUUUAAUGUAAAAGAGAAGGAUUUUCAUAUUUACUUCACAAGUUUAUUUUAGUUUAUUAGUUUGAGAUCGUUUUCUGUGCAAAGUGCAGCAAUGAUUUGGGAGGCUGAUUUAGUGUAAAAAAGAGGCAGUAGUAAGUGUAUUAUCCUGAAAUUAUGUCAUUUUGUAUUAGGGCAGAGCAAUAUGGAUUUUUUUGUCUCCGUGCUGCGUCACUCUGCUGUGCUGCGAGGUAGUUAGUGGAUGAAGAUUGUCAUUAGGUCGCUGCGCCAUCUACGGGAUAAGUUGGGGAAGUUUUUAAAUGGCCUAUACCUAUAACACAGUGCAACCUAAUACAGCAACUCCACCAGAAACUCUGCCCUUAGGAAGCCUCUACAUUUUGAAGUUUUGUUUACAUGGUCAGACAGGUUAUUGUUGUGUUCUGAAUUUUUAAAGUUGUUAUGGGUGGACUUUGGGUGGAAAGAAUUAGUGGGAUACAUUUUGCAUUUGUUACUGAAUGAUGAACUAAGGUUUAGUGGAGCAACAUUAAUUGAUGUUUUCAUUAACCCUGUAUAUAAAGACUUGUAUUUGAACUACAAGUCUCACAACCUUAUCCUGCUUUCUUAAAUCACAUUUUUUACAGUCACAUACAUUAAAACAAGUGAGUUAUGGAGAUAGAUAUCACAGUUGUGCCCCUAUUCUAGCUCAAAGCCAAUUCCCCUAAACCCCCUAAAAGCCCAAAGAGAUGCAUUUACGCAUGUGAAUACAUCCACUCAGUGUUAUCACCCAACAUCAAACCAAGAGGAAGAAUACAGUCCAGCCAAAUGACAGAGCCACUUUCACUGUAAACAUUAGCAUGUGACACAAGGACUGGGGGAAACGCACACACACCAGUAGUUUUAGCAAGUUCACCAGAAAAAUUGAACAAAAACACCUGUCUGUAGCAGGUGGCUUAAUUCAAGCACCGCUGUGUGUAUAUGCUAACUUGUUACUUGUGCAGUAAUGUCUGAGCUCUCUCUGCCUUUGCGGUUUUUUUUUGUUUGUUUUUUUUUUUUUGAAGCACAGAUAGUACUGUUAUUUUUUUUCAGAUCACUUUUAACAACCUUCAAUGAUGAACUAAACAGUGAAGGAACAAAAUGUAGCACACAUUUUUCCGAGUGGAGGCUGUCUGUUUUGACUUGGUUAGACAGUGAGGUCAUGAUUGAGUUAAUAUAGCUGCUUUAUCAUGUCAUGGUUUGAUGAUUUCUUCAGCCAGUAGAAUGUUCCUAACACUCAUGCAUUAACACAGGGAUCUGCUUAGUGUCUGUGUGUAAACACAUCACAUGAAUUUUGUUAGCAUAAAGUCUUGAAAUAAAUCUUGUUUUGGCAGACAGGUUACUCACCUGUGUUGUGCUAUAUUGUCUCUUUCUCACUCUCUUAGUUGUUCCUCAUUGACUUUGGUUUGGCAAAGAAGUACCGAGACAACCGAACGCGACAGCAUAUCCCCUACAGAGAAGACAAGAACCUAACCGGCACUGCACGUUACGCCUCCAUCAAUGCACACCUGGGCAUCGAACAGAGGUCAGACAGACCUGACACCACGAAUUUCAGUUUAACCUGCCAUGGGUUCAGUGUAUACACUCAUGUUCAAAUUGCUGACUAAACAGCUGUCUCUGUUGUUGUUUUCAGUCGCCGUGAUGACAUGGAGUCACUAGGCUACGUGCUGAUGUAUUUCAACAGAACCAGUCUGCCCUGGCAAGGACUAAAGGUGAGAAACACACCUGAAAAGACCUGUUGCUUCAGAGUAGGCCCUUUUCUCUUUUCAUAUCAGUUUAUUGUGUGUCUAUUUGUGUGUGCGUGCUUUAGGCUGCCACAAAGAAGCAGAAGUAUGAGAAGAUCUCAGAGAAGAAGAUGUCUACCCCUGUGGAGGUCCUCUGUAAGGUAAGAUUAGCAGAGGCACACCUUACAGGUAUCGCUCUUCUUACAAACACACUUAUUGCUUGUAUCGGCUACUACAACAACCGAAUUUCCCCUCGGGGAUUAAUAAAGUUCUCUAUCUAUCUAUCUAUCUAUCUACACGCAGAUUGAUGCUCUUUAUUCAUGUUCCAGGGUUUCCCAGCAGAGUUUGCCAUGUAUCUGAACUACUGCCGUGGCCUGCGCUUUGAGGAGGCUCCAGACUACAUGUACCUGCGCCAGCUGUUCCGCAUCCUCUUCAGGUAUACAGUUAUAUAGAGUCACAUACACACACUAGGGCUGUGCUCAAAAUAUCGAUAGGAUACUAUACAGUUAUCUGAUGCUAUCUGAUACUAUACAGUUAUCCACAUGUUACAAAAUUGACAAUGAAGCAGAUAGUGUGGCGCUGGUGCAACAAUGGCAGUAGAAACCAAACCACAUGUAGUUCAAGACCAACAGGCAGGGAGAAACGAUACCCACUGUUAGCAAGAUGGAAAACAAAGUCACGAGUCAUUUGGUAUUACUGCAACAACAUAACAAACCUCUAUUUUACAUGACAUGACACUGUCCUGAUCAGCUGCUAACAGCAACAGGUAGACCUGCUACAAAUGGUCAUUGUCCAAAAAAGACUUUCGGCAGCUACUUAAUUAGUGUGAACCAUUCUUUGAAAUCCCGGUCCCUCGGUUAGUUUUACUAACGUGGUUGUGGUAACUGUGUGCAGAUGUAAACAAAAAGCAUCAGACAGGAACGAAGGUCUACACAACUACUUGCGAGUAAAACACAUACUCGCAUGGGGAGAUUUUGGGCUGCUUGAAGAUGUUUGAAAAUGAACACAUACUGUGUCAUGCUCUUUACUGUGUCAUUUGCAACAGCAAAUGUUGGUCAUGAUAGGAGGAGCAAUACUGUCCGUUACUCUGGUAAUGAUAACCAGACAGCUGUUACAGCCUUCACUCUUACAUAGGUUUAUUUAUGACUUUCAGCUUCCACUAAACUUUGCAUCAUCUUGCUUAAGAAUAGUCUGAAGUUAAAAAAAAUCUAAUUAUUAAUCAGAUUUUUUUUUUAAAUUAAGUAAACUUAUAUUGUGAUAUAGAGUGACUACACAACCCAUGGUGUGAUUGAAAUAAUAGACUGAUUCCUGUUACCUGACGGAAGGGAAGUUAAUUUCUGCUGUUCUCCCCUCUCCUCCUCAUCUCUUGCUCUCUUUCCUCGUUCUUUCUACCCUCACCCUGCUCUCCCUCUGUAAACAGCUGAUUGAUGUAAACAUUUUCUGUGUGUGUGUGUGUGUGUGUGUGCGCGCGCGCGCGCGCGCAUGUGCGUGUGUGUGUGUGUGUGUGUGUGUGUGUUACAGGACUCUGAACCAUCAGUAUGACUACACGUUUGACUGGACCAUGCUGAAACAGAAAGCAGCCCAACAGGGGGCCUCCUCCGGGGGCCAGGGCCAGCAGGCACAAACCCCCACAGGCAAGCAAACUGACAAACCCAAGCCUAACAUGAAAGGUUAGUAGCAAACAGCCAAGCGACGUUUUACAGACACCAAUUGCUUGUUUCAUUAUUCGUGUAUUUAGGACCAUCAGAGAUCGUUUGACUCCCUGACCCACAGCCCAGAUAUAUAUUUAAAAAAAAAUAAAAAGAGUAAAAACAGCUGAUUGGAAAUGAAAAAUUCUUAAGUCUGUUCCUGCUGGAUGAUGAAGACUACCAUCUUCAUUGUUCCGAGGAGGCACACCCAAAGAAAUCCAAAAAAAAAUCAGACACAAUUGGUCUGUCUUGCAGAAGCAAAGACGUCCUUGGGGAAUUUGACUACUAACUUUGCUGCCUUGCUCUUCUGUUGGUGUGUUGGGGCUGGACGACGGGCUCUCUGCUUUAAUCCCACACUGUCUGUCCGUCUGUCUGUCUGUCUGUCCGUCUGUAUUAACACUCCUCUACAGCCUUUACCCUAACUCUGAUUCUCUCUGUGUGAGGGUGGUUGGACACCUGGACAGCAGGUGGAGGCUACCUGUUUGAUAAUCAGAAUAAUCACAUCUGAGUCACAGAUUCUACAUUUUAAUGUGGGGUCUGCACUCAGAGGUCUGAAGUUCAGUCUGAGAAGUUUUGUGCUUUUGUUUGUACUGCAUUCUAGUUUGAGUACUGUUGAGCAAUCGGUUAUCAGCAGGCUAUGAUGUCUGUGGGAAAAACAGUUUGUUGAGAGCAAAAGCAGACCCACUACAGUCCACAGCAAUGGCAUCCCAGCCCCCAUCAGCAAUAGUAGUAGAAGUAGCAGUGGUAGUAAAAACUGAACAUUUUCACUAAGAUACAUAUCUGCAACAGCACAGUUAAAUAAGUAGGGCAUUUGCAGGCUGAAGUAUGAGGAUUUUUUCCCCCAGUUGUUUAUGUUCAUGCUCAUGUUUGUUUUGAGCUUGAACUCGGCAGCCUGUGGUUUGAAAUGAGCAGCAGUGAGUCAUGUUUGUUUGUCUUUAUCAGUGGGUUAUACAUGCACUUUAAAAUGCCACACUCCUUUAGCCACUAGCUUACAUUACCCCUAAUAAUAUUGUGCUAAUCGACUAUAAUCCAGUUAGGACUCAUGCCUAGUGUCCACGUGUUCUCAUGAUGAUCAUCCAACUUUAAUGUCACUGAGGUCCAGAUGUCUGUAGAUGUACAAACAAUUAGUAAAUCUGUGCUCUUUCUCUCUCUCCCUCUUAUGCUCUUUCUGUCUUGCUCUCUCUCUCUCUCUCUCCCUCCCUCUCGCUUCCUGUCUUGCUCUCUCUUUCUCUCUGUCUUGCUCUCUGUCUCUCUCGCUCUUUCACUCCCUGUCUUGCUCUCUCUCUUUUCUAGUAUCUAUGGCUACAGGACGCUCUUGUCUGCCACAAAACUUUUCUGUGACCUUGCUGUUUAUCCAAAUCGAAAUUCCACUUAAAAAAGGCCAACUUCUACAGAAACCAUAAAUUAUCAUCUUGCCAUAAAAAAGUAAUUCUGAAUUGUGAGACCUGAGUUUGUUUUGUAAAUUUCUUUUUAUAAGAGCGUAUACAGACUACAGGUCUUGGAAUUCUGCAGUGUUAAGUUGUUGCUUAAACAGGUUUUUAAAUACAUUAAACAAAUGAAUGUGUGCCAAGCUCAAAUUUUAAAGGCCAACAGGAAAUAAGAUUAUUUAAUGUUGUAUUUGAAAUGUCAUCUAAUUAGGUACUACACAUCAGCUUCAUCAUCCCCCUAUUCUGCCAUUGUAACCAUUGUUGUUAGGAUGUCUAAGGGGUGGAUGUCAGAGGUGGACAGACUUGUCCCUACCUGAAUGCCUCUGUGAAUGACACAUCACUGAAAAGUCAUCUACUGGUGGUGUAAAUAUCUAGCAGUGUUUUAGUAGCCUAGCAUUUAGAUUUUGUUGCUUCUCUGCAUGUAUCAGAAAAGUUGGAUCCUAAAGAGAGGGCCAUCAGUGUUUCUGGCAGCAGGAUGAGGAUCUGAUUUAUAUUAGUGCACAGUUUUAGACUGUUCUCAAAUUCUUAACAAAACUUUUAAUUAUGAGUUUAUUUUCCUGAGAUAACUUCUGCUACUGGAACCUUUUCAGUAAAAGUCUGGGUGUAAUCCAUAUCAGGAACCCAUUUGUUUUUCUUGUUUUUUUGUCCAGGUUUUACUUAUAUCUUGGGUUUUCAUAGAAAAUCUGGAUUAUGUGAAUCUGAUCCUUAUACAGGCUCGUAAAGAGUACCAGCUCAAGAUUACCAGAGCUCUCAGAAGGAUGUGAUACUGCAUACUUUAGGGGGCACCGAGAUCCACUUCUAAGGGAACUAAAUUCUUCAUGUGGUUCCUAUAGUCUAGCCUGAGUCCAGGCCUCUGCUGGUAAUUAGGUUAACCUGAUCAUGACCCUACUCAAAUGUUAAACCAAAACAAACUGGAGGUUCUGAUCAGGAUAAAAACCACAGACUGGAUUAUCAGAUUUUCAACAGUUAACUUGAUUUCAUGAUUUCAUCUGAUAUCUGAAAUCUGAUCGUAUUUUAAGUGCCUUUGCAUAGCAAGGUUUGAAGUGGAGGAGCUCAAAGGGAGUUAACGUUUUUCCACUGAAAUGCGUUUUUCAAGGAUGUGAAUCUCCUGGAUUGAACUUGUGGUCUGGAGUUUUGGACUUCAAAAGUAGACGUCAUACUUUUGAUGAUUGUUGAUUACACCGUUCUGGUAUGUUGUUAAAGAGCUUUGAAGUGCUGGCAUAGAAGAAAAUGUAUUAAAAAUAGGACUUGAAAUAAAGGCCUAUAUCCUAAUAAAAUCCUGUUUCAUAUAAAGGCCUGGUGCCCUAAAUACAAUGCAUCUAAAAUAUGAAUUAAGAUGGAAAAUAUUCACUUGUUGUGAGGUUUGUAAAUCUGUGAAAAUAAACCUGACCAAGUUUCUGUUUGUGUCUGCAGAUACCUGAGAGGACAAACACACACACACACAUACGCACAGUCUGUGUAAUCACAAAACUACAGGAAUUAUGGUUUUUUUUAAAGUCAGAUUUAUAACUUACCCUUGGAUUGGCAAAACUUUCCAACCUCUGACAGUUAAAUUAGAGCUUCUGUUAUCAAGUGUGACAUCCAUUUGAAUAAGAAGUCAAUGGUUCUGACCGUGGACUGUUUUCUGGGAUAUUCACACCAUGGGUCAAAGACUGACACUAAAAAUGUUCAAAACACAUCAAGAUGCAGAGUCCUUUGUAUAAACCAUAACCCAGCCCUCUACCCACCCACAUUCAGAUGGGCUCAUGAAAUAUUCAGAGAAAUAUUUGAGAGAAAUAUUAAAACCUGUUAAUACAAAUACAGCUCACCAGUGCUGGAAACAACUUCUGCAGGUUUGAUUUGUUAUUUUGGUGUGGAUCUGUCAAAGUCUGUCUGCAGUGAAGUUUAGAUGUGUGAGCCUCAUCUGUUAAGGGCCUCUCAGGUGUCCUCUGCUCAGGUGUUUGUUUUUUUUUACACAGGUAAUGUACAGGUGAGAUCCUUCUUCCUAACAGUUUAGAAUAAAUCAUACAAAUUAUCUGUAACAUGAAUUUUAUAAUGAAUACAGGUGGGUUGAAGCAGAAGGACAUUUAACUGUUCAUCUGCCAUAAAACUGGGUGGGAGGGGCCAGUCUAGCCAUGCCCCCAAUAUCAAAAUAAAUCAGUGAAACACUCCUUUUGAAUUCUAUCACUGUUGAAAGUUCUGUCUAAACUGAUGCCAUCCUCACUCAGGUGUGCAAAAACACACAGUCCAUGUUCUGGUUGGAAACUAGCAUCACACUUUCAUGACAAAAGAGUUUGUGCUUUUUUCUGAUCUGUAGCUAGCUGCUCAUCUAGUGGGCUUGAUAUAUAUCUGCAAGGUAUAUCCUAAAAGUCAGUACACUGUUGAGAAGAUUAUAAGAAAAAGAAAGUUUUGAUGGUUUGCAAUCUGUACUUCAUUGAAAACAACUUUUCAGUCAAAAUUGCAUAGGAACAUGCUAACCAUUGUGUUGCAUUAGCUCUUCCAAAAGUUCAUGAGGUUUUAAUGUAAUGUAUCCUUCAACUCAUGAACAAGCUCAGAACUUUAUAGACACACUUUAUGCUUCAUUUGUAAAGACUGGUGCACUUGCAGCGUUGUUCAUAAUUACAGCUCGAGGCAGCUGCUGAAUUAGUGUAAAUCAGUUCAUUACACAAACUGCAGUGUACUAAUGCAGAUCUAAAGCAAAAACAUCGGACAUCCUGUUCACAUUAGUGUGAUCUGAGAGGACAAAACCAUCCACCCUUUACAUUUACUCCUGUGCCUGUUGUAACUUAUGGAAGGGCUGCACAAAAGCUGCAAAACACACCCACACAUUCAGAUUAAGAGAUGUUGAUAUACAAACUCUACUUGCAUUGAUUGUGAUUAAUUAUUGGAAAGUGGAGAGAAACAGGAAGGUAGACAGCGCUAGACCCACAGUAAAUGGUCGGGGCUGGGACUCAAAACACCAAUGGCUGUGGGGACCAUGGUACCCAUAUGUGGGCUGCGCUAACCUGCCAAGCUUUCUGAACACCCUUUACUGUUAGAUUUUUAAAGCUAACAUUUUGAGCACAUCAGUAUAAAGGAUAGAUUUAUUUCUGUAGUCAGUCAAUUGUUGGAAACAUGAAGUGUUAUUCUGUGUUACUGUGUGUCUGUCAGUGAACUAUAGUGACCUGCGUCACUCAGUGCGUUUACCUGCACAGCUCAAUCAGACUAAGCUCAUAAUUCGUUUUUUUUACUGAAUCAGACUUCUCUCCUUGUCCACGUAUACAUGCAGCUGAGAAAAUAUAAUUAUUGAUGUGAACGUGUCCUCCUCCCCAAAACUGUGGGGCAAUAUGGGUCUUUUCAGCUGUGCUUUUUCCAGACCCUUUUUAAAGAUGUCUCCACCCUCGUUUUGCGACCAUCCAUAUACUUUCAAUUGUCCAUUUCUGUCAGGACGGAAAGCAUAAUGGCACUCUCCUCGUUGUUCCAAAAGUGGACGUCCUUUCGUGCUUCAGCCAUGUUGCAGUUGCUUUUAAGUCGAAAGUUCUUUAAAUAAUUGUGCCACUUCUUCCCCAGUGUUUUUGUUCUGGAGUUACAGAGGCAUGGCGCACAUGCAUUGUCCGAUCAUACUUCGACUAUGCUGGUCACAUGGUAGAGAAAAUCGAAUUCCAAUCACAUUAUCUGGAAGCCAUAAUCGGAGUUCUCCGACUCCAAUCACAGUUCUCUACCUACAUUUACAGUCGGACUUAGGUGUUUUACAUGCACUUCAGUUGUCCAAUCUUAAUCAGAGUAAGGCAAUAAUUCGGUUUUCUUGAGUGCCAUGUUAACGUACUGACUGUGUGCGUGCGUGCACGGCUGACAGUAACAGAUUUAAUGAUUUAUCCCUGAGCUUAGUGAGACACAGCAUCAGCUUGGUUGACCUGAAGCCCGUAUCCCUGUACUUUGUUGCUGAGAGUACCUGUUCAGGGUGGGUGGGGAUCUUAAGUAAGGGUCACAGUGAUGCAGAGUGUGUGAAGUGUGUCUUUAACAGUCUGAACACUAAAGAUGGAGUGUAGGUUUGUAUCUGACUGACUGAAUGAUGUUGAAUGCCAUCCAUCAAAGGUUGAUCAGGUGUUGUUUACCUGUGUGUGACUGACAGGUGUGAUCAGUAGUUUUCUUGGACCAAUUGAUGGUCUGUAGUUUAGCCCGGUGGUCCCCGACCUUUUUUUUUUACCAGGGACCAGUUUCAUGCAGGAAACUUUUUUCCAAGGACCGGGUAGGGGCGUGGAGGUUCCAAUAACAAAAACCUUAAUCAGUACAUAGUAUUUAAUCUGGAUACAACAAUUACAAUUUAUAUUAGGCACUUUUUUAUUACACUUUAACAUCAACUCACCAUAAUGCAGAAUCAACCCUUUCUCAUUUACAGUGAACUCUGUUUCUGGCGAUGGCGGAAGUGUUGUGGUGGUCUAUCAAAAUAAGAUACUGGAAGGAUGGCCAGAAGGAAGGAAAAAAAUUAUUUAAUGAUCGUUAUUUUUUUGUUGUCCGGGGCCCGGUGGUUGGGGACUUCUAGUUUAACCUACCCUCAGAUCAGAUCACUGUGGUACUGUGUUUCUGUCAUAAAAAUCCAGUACCAUCUGUUGCUUUUUACACCUCCUCCUGUCAGGUACAGCUCUCGUUCCUGCAUUUCUCCUGUUUCUUCUCCUAAUUUAUCCUCUAACACACUGACCCCUUGACCUUUCUCCUCCUCUCUGUGUCCUCAGGCAAGUGUCCAAGGUGGGACUGUUACUCGUACACUGACUUCAUACUUCUCUGUCUCUGCAGGUUUCUGAGGUGUGAGUCCCCCGCCCCGCCCCCUCCCCCCCUGAGCAGAGGUGCAGCAGGUGUUGGUUACCAGGACCAACAGGUGUUUCUUCCUGGACGGAGACAGACGGCGUGUGUGUGUCCUUCAUAAAAUGAUGUGUGUGCUGAACGUUCACCUGUAAAUAAAGAAUCUGCACUCCAAACAAACACAGUGAGGGCAGGUUGUUUCUGAUGAGGAGGCUGUAGCCCCCUGACCCCCAACCCACCCCCACCCAACUUAACCCCCUAAACCCCUCAGACAAACACUCACCUUCCUCCCCCUUUACAUCCUCCCCCAGCCCAGGUGUCUGUCUGAUUUCUAAUGAGACUGAGGUAAGAAGAAGGACAGGUAACCACUCCCUUUCCCCUCUGUUUCUCUUCUCUCCCCCAUGGAAACACCCCUUCCUUCCUUUUACUCCCCUCCAAAUGUAAGACAUGUUAAACCCUUUUGUUUCUGAAUAAUUGAAUGAUGCAACCCUGGAUGUUCUUUACUAAAUCAGAGAUGUUGGAUUUCUUUCUUGUUUUCUUUUGUUUCUAUGGUGAUUAGGAGUUUGCCUGUUGACGAUAUAAGCAGCCGAUGGCAACAGUCGAUGGUAGAAUGACUCUCCCUCUCUCUUUAGAGCUCUCAAUUAUUAUUAAAUCUGUUGUAAAACCUAUGGUCUUCUCCAAAAAUAAAAACAUGACAGAACUCUCACUU